AUGUCUACUUCAGAUAAGCGUAGGUCUGGAAUGUCUUUCGCUGCAGUCAGCAGCAUCUGCAACAUCGAGCGGCGAACAUGGCUCAGCGGGAGAGGCCUCGCUGCGAUGGCAGCCGGCUUCGUCGGCACCUGGUGGUUCUUGUUUUGUGCACAUAAGGCGGUGGGACGGACUCGGGGGCCUUGGAUACAUCCACGCAUCUCCCGUCCAAUCCAUCGGUUCCGAGGAGCCUUUGUCUGGGGAAGCCUGUUCACCAUCUUGCUCAUGCGGGUUGUUCUCGUGGCCGUAGCGGUGAGGGCGUUACGACAGGUGUGGGAAAUACUCGCCUCUCCGUUAGCGGCGAAACAGGCGUUCGUCGCCGACCAUGGCUUCGCAGUGGUGCGGAAUCUGCCAGCAGUAGCACGGCUCCUGCAGAAAGAGGUUGCGAAGACGGAGGCCCACCUCCAAGCCACCCUGAGGCCCGGGAAGGAUGACGAAGAGACUCUGCGCUCUCUCCCGGCAGAGGGAAAGCAGCGGGAAGAGGUUAUCGCCGAGAUGAAGCUCCUGGCGCGGCGCGAGCGAGCCAAGUGGGACGCUGGGAAGGCUAGCGGCGCGGUGUACAGCAACGACGAGGAGCACUCGUCCACCGUCACCGAAGCCUACCGCCUCUUCUCUCGCAGCAACCCGCUGCACCCAGACUUGUGGCCGUCGGGGCUGAAGUUCGAGGCGGAGGUGAUCUCGAUGACCGCGAGGCUGCUGGACGGGGGCGAUGCCGGUGUUUGCGGGGUCCUGACCAGUGGAGGGACAGAGAGCAUCGUCCUGGCCGCCAAAGCUCAUCGGGAUUUCUACAGAGAGAGAGGAGUGACGUCUCCGGAGAUCGUGGCGGCCACUACCGCACACGCGGCAAUCGACAAGGCGUGCUCGCUCAUGAAGAUACGCCUGAUCAAGGUGCCCGUGGAUCCGGUGACGAUGAAAGCGGACGUGAAGGCCACGGCCAACGCGAUGUCGGCCAACACUAUCAUGGUCUACGCGUCGGCCCCGAGCUUCCCUCACGGCGUGAUCGAUCCUGUCGAGGAGUUGGCACGGCUGGCCACAAGAUACGGGUGCGGCCUGCACGUGGACUGCUGCCUCGGCGGCUUCGUGUUGCCGUUCGCGAAGAGCCUGGGUUAUUCGGUGGAGCCCUUCGACUUCGGGGUGGAGGGAGUCACCUCCAUCUCCGCCGACACGCACAAGUACGGGUACGCGCCCAAGGGGACGUCGGUGGCGCUGUUCAGGAAUAAGGAGCUGCGACACCAGGCGUACUUCUGCUUCCCGGAGUGGACGGGGGGGCUGUACGUCACUCCCACCAUCGCCGGAAGCCGCCCUGGCGGGCUGUCCGCGGCCUGCUGGGCAUCCAUGGUCGGCAUGGGCCGGGACGGUUACGAGAAGGCGGUCACGGGCAUCAUGGAAACGGUCAAGGAAGUUGCGCAAGGUGUUUCCGACAUCUCUGGCCUUUCUUUGUUGGGGGAACCCAGGGCAAUGGUGGUGUGCUUCCGCGGAGACGGCGGCGUCAACAUUUACAAAGUUGGUGACCGCAUGAGCCACCGGGGAUGGAGCCUGAACGCGCUCCAGCAUCCCCCGUGUCUCCACCUCUGCGUGACGAUGUGCCACGUUGGCAAGGCGGGGGUGUUCCUGGCGGACCUGUUGGCGUCGACGUUGGAAGCUGCGGCGGCGGCCGGGGAGGGGGACGAAAACAGCACCGCGGCGAUCUAUGGCAUGGCCUCUUCCAUGCCGGCCGGCCCGGUAAACGUGCUUCUUCGCACCUACACCGACGUCACGUUGGGGUCGUAA